GUAAAUAUCCGUGUUUAGGAAUAGCAGCUGUCUGUCAUCUGUAGUCAAUAUUGUUUUUAAUUCCAAAUUUUAAUUGUUGUUUGAAUUUGUAAGAUUUUUUCGCAACAUUAGAGUUAAAAAAUUUGUUCUUGUCGAGUUAGUAAAAUAAUCUUUGUAGUUUUCUAACCAAGUGGAUAGAUAAACACAGAAUAAAUUUGUUAAAUAAACACUGUUAAGGAUGAGUUUGGAACCGGAUUUGCAAACUGCCGUCAAUGGUAUUUCCAAUUUACGAAUUACAACUGAUCAGAAACUGCUGGAUGGAUUGUCGCAAUUAUCUAAUUGUGCUAGCAAAGAAGACCUUCACCUUAGUCCAAUUAGUCGCAAGAAACGUCGACCGGACUUGAAGACUUUGAUUGAAAAUCAACAAAUCUUGUACUACAAGCAGUUCCUUGGCUCCAUAACUGAAAUUCGCGAUGGAGUAGAACAUCUCCACUCAAACUUAAGUGACCUUAAUGAAAUCUGCGAAUCAAUGUCGACAAAUUUACGAGCUAGUAAGCAGAGCUCUCGAAAUCUUAUUGAUGAAAUAUCAAAAUUGGAGUCAGAAAGAAAAAAGUUAAUGGUGGAGAAAAAUUUGGCACAGGCGUAUUUAAAUGCGUUUCAAUUGAGUGGCGAAGAUCUAAAAAUUUUACGGACGACAGAUAGCUCGACAGCCAUUCUGAAUGAAGACUUUUUUAAGGUUUUUGAAAGAAUUCAACAAAUACAGACCAAUGUUGCAAUUUUACUGAAAGUUGGACAUCAAGCUACAGCGGUAGAAAUCAUGGAUCAAAUGGGAUUAUUACACGAAACCGCACUGGAAAAAAUAUACCGAUGGGCUCAGUCCCGUGUAAAGCAUGUGGAAAACCCAGAAUUGUCGGAUGUUUUAGCAAAGUCCCUCUCUUAUCUUCAAAUCAGACCAAUGCUUCUAAAAUAUGUGUUGGACGAAUAUUGUACACACCGACGUUCCCUUUUUGUGCGAAGUUAUAUAGAUGCGUUGACUGGUGCUGGAAAUAUCAAAGGAAUUGAGUUAAUAGGAGGUGCCGACCCUGCAAGAUAUAUUGGAGAUAUGCUAGCUUUUAUUCAUCAAUCUAUUCCUAAUGAAAAGGAGAAUUUGACAAUUCUGUUGAAGCAUUGCAACAAAAUUGACUUGAACGACAAGAUAGUUACUUGCAUGUCAACUAUAAUGGAUGGAGUUUGUCGCCCGCUCAACGUACGAUUGGAACAAACAAUAUUGUCCGGUUUGGAUUGUCCUGUUAUGAAUAAGAUAGACAUGUGCAUAAAAUUUUAUGUCGAAACCAUCGAACAGAUUCUGCCGGUAAGCAACUUGCUAGCGACGUUAACAGAACUUUAUUCUUUAUGCCAUCAAACAUUCAUAAACCAGCUUCGAUGCCAAGUCCAAGCAGAAGUUGGAGAAUAUCGACCUCCUGGUCCAGAUCUAACUCCAUCUCCAAUCAUUCAAGCCUUGUUAAGUUUACUUGGUGACUUGUUGAAAGACACGUUGCCUUCUUCACCUGAACAAGCUGAAAUUCUGAUUCAAUUGGUAACUUCACCCGUUGUGUCUCAAAUUAAUGAUGUUGCAAACAGAUUGGGAUCUCCAGAUAUGGGAGUGUAUCUUUGCAAUUGCUUGAACCAAAUCAAUAUAUUUCUGGAAAUAUAUCCAAUUACAAAGACAAUCAGCAAUACGUUGAAAAGUCAGAUUGACUCCCAGAUGGAUAGGUUAUCCUCGGAACAAAGCAGUUGGUUGAUAGCUCAGCUUGGUAUUAGCCACAUGUACACCAUUUUGAACGAUAAAGUCGAAACUCCUCUGUCCACAGUGCCCGGAAUGGAUUCUGCGUCUCUCAAAAUAUUUGUCAAUAAACUGGAUAGUGUAAUCAAUGACCCUGAAUCCGUCCUGCUUCCACAAAUUUAUCACUUGUCUGAUACAGGAACGAGAAAAUAUGUUCAGCAACAAAGUUUUCGUAUCCUUGCUGCAAUUUAUCGGAAGGUUUACGAAGCUGUAAUCAACCCUAAAAAUGGGUAUCCAUCAGAGAUAUUAAAAAUGGAUCCCAAAACUCUUGAGGACUCUCUGUGUUCCGAUACGACCGAGGUUGAUACCAAAGACACGUAGACUAGUCAUUUGAUUAUCCUUAGUACAUAUAACAUGUGGAAGAAAGGUUGUAACUUUAUCAGUAAUGUUCAAGUUUUGGGUGUGUCAUACAUAUUCAAAUUAUUAGAGUUAAUAAAACGUAUAUAUAUACACCAUGUAAUAUCUUUAAGUAAACUAACUUGUGCGUGUAUAUUACCUGACACAACGAAGAUACCUUAACAAACAUUCUACUGUGCAUAUGCAUUGACAGACCAGUAACACUGCAUAUGUUUUUACGUAUUUAUCCAGAAGCUAAUCUGCAGAUAAAGACUUGCCGAUGACAAUGACUCAUAUUCCAUAUCAUAUGAAAGUCACAUGCAUCUAAAUAAUUGUGUUUAUCUGUUCCAGUUAUUAUUUAGCUUUAACAUUCCACCAUUUUUUUGUUCCUCACUUUUGUCAAGUUGGGGCCAAGAAGACAUAACUUAUUUACCACUUUUCAGCAUUUCAUCUUGAAUUUAGGAACUCUACAAACGGUACACCCCAUCUGAAAACCAUGGGAGGGAAACUGGGGAGCAGACUUGGAGGAAUUUUGGACGGCAUCUUCUGGUUUUUGGUUUUGAUACUGAUUUCUUGGUGGCUGGCAAUGCUAUGCUUUAUUCUUUACACGAUUCUCAGCGUCCUGUCGCCAUGUUUCAGCAAACUCGACUCCUUGUCAGAAAAGUGCAUGGCUGGAAUAAUGUAUCCACACACAUGUGCUUUCAACAUGGUUAAUCGUAGAUCUUACGUAAACAUUUGAGUGUAUUCAAGAACCCAAUGUUCAACUGUUUAAUUGAGACAAUAUUGCAAUAUUUCACUUGUUAAGACUACUUCUUGUUUACUUCUACUAAAAAUCAAUGUCAUGUAAAAUGUAAAAUAGUAAGUAUUCCAAUAUCCAUUACUUAAUUAUCAUGCAAUAAUCAUUAUUGCUGCUCGCUACAAACUGGCAGAAAUUAUUGACUUGCAGCAGAUCCGGGAAUUAAAAUUGCUGAGAGAUUUGAAUACUGAUGUGAUGUAUCCAUAAUUAACUGUUGGAGGUCAUUGUUAAACCUGCAUAAUUAAAUAUAUGAUACUAUUAAACAGGAAUACACAACGUUAAAUUCUACAAUUUGCAAACAAAUGGAGGAAUGUAAAAUCUGGAAAUUCUGAAACUCGUAAAUCCUUAAUGAGACGACAGUAUCUAUAUUUAAGUCUGCAAGGAUAAUACGAUUCACUAGGAUAAGGGCAUAAUGUUUGCACAUGUUACUAAUAAAUAUAUGUAUAUUGACUGAGAAUAAAAUUGCGGUAUUAGCGCAUGAAUUUAAUAUUUGUA